AGCCAAUUCCCUGUACUUGUGAGCGUGUCGGAGGUUGGAUCUGCACCCGGCAGUCUAUCUGGGAAACUUCCACUUUUAUAAACAAGUGUCGGACUGCACUGGUUGAAGAGGAUACGAGGUAGUGUCAUGGAGGAUGGGAAGCCGGUGUGGGCGCCCCACCCAGCAGAUGGGUUCCAGCUGGGGACCAUAGUGGACAUAGGAGCAGACAGCUUGACUAUCGAGCCGCUUAAACAGGGGCAGAAGAGCUUUACGGCCCAGAUCAACCAAGUGUUCCCGGCUGAGGAUGAUGUCAACAAACAUGUGGAAGACAACUGUUCUUUGAUGUACUUGAAUGAAGCCACUCUCUUGAACAACGUCCGUGUGCGGUAUAGUAAAGAUAAAAUUUAUACGUUUGUAGCUAAUAUCCUGAUAGCAGUGAACCCCUACUAUGACAUCCCGAAGCUCUACACUCCAGAGACCAUUAAACAGUACCAUGGGAGGUCCCUGGGAACCCUGCCGCCCCACGUCUAUGCUAUUGCUGACAAGGCGUACAGGGACAUGAGGGUGCUGAAGAUGAGCCAGUCCAUCAUCGUGUCCGGGGAGUCUGGUGCCGGGAAGACUGAAAAUACCAAGUUUGUCCUCCGAUACUUGACAACAUCCUAUGGAACAGGUCAAGAUAUUGAUGAGAGAAUAGUUGAAGCCAAUCCCCUGCUAGAGGCUUUUGGGAAUGCUAAAACCGUCAGGAAUAACAACAGUAGUCGCUUUGGGAAGUUUGUAGAGAUCCACUUCAACGAAAAGAAUACUGUGGUGGGAGGCUUCGUGUCCCACUACCUGCUGGAGAAAUCCAGGAUCUGCCAGCAGAGCCACGAGGAGAGGAACUACCACAUCUUCUACCGGCUGUGUGCCGGAGCCUCCGAGGACAUCAGGACCAAGUUCCACCUGGAAUCCCCAGACGCCUUCAGGUAUUUGAACAGAGGAUGCACUCGCUUCUUUGCAAACAAGGACACAGACAAACAGAUCCUUCAGAACCGGAAGAGCCCAGAGCACCUGAAGGCUGGGCCCCUGAAGGACCCUCUGCUGGACGACCAGGGGGACUUCAACAGGAUGUGCGGGGCCAUGAAGAAGAUCGGCCUGGAUGAUACGGAGAAGCUGGACCUGUUCAGGGUGGUGGCCGGAGUGCUGCACCUGGGCAACAUCGACUUUGAGGAGGCAGGGAGCACAUCAGGCGGCUGCACCAUAAAGAACCAGUCAAGCCAGACGGUGGAGUACUGUGCUGUGCUUCUGGGUCUGGAAGAGCAGGACCUGAGUGUCAGCCUCACGUCCAGGGUCAUGCUCACCACAGCAGGGGGUGCCAAAGGAACAGUUAUCAAAGUGCCACUGAAAGUGGAGCAGGCAAAUAACGCACGGGAUGCCCUGGCCAAGGCAGUGUACAGCCGGCUGUUUGACCACGUGGUCACCAGGGUCAACCAGUGCUUCCCGUUCCACUCCUCCGCCAACUUCAUCGGGGUUCUGGAUAUCGCAGGCUUCGAGUACUUUGAGCACAACAGCUUUGAACAGUUCUGCAUCAACUACUGUAACGAGAAGCUGCAGCAGUUCUUCAACGAACGCAUUCUGAAAGAGGAACAAGAGCUGUAUCAGAAGGAGGGCCUUGGAGUAAACGAGGUCCGGUAUGUCGACAAUCAGGACUGCAUAGACCUUGUGGAGGCCAAGCUGGUGGGCAUCCUGGACAUCCUGGAUGAAGAGAACCGUCUACCUCAGCCCAGCGACCAGCACUUUGCAGAGACAGUACAUAACAAGCACAAGAACCACUUCCGACUGACCGUGCCCCGGAAAUCCAAGCUGCAAGUUCACAGGAAUGUGAGGGAUGACGAGGGAUUCAUCGUCAGACACUUUGCAGGAGCGGUGUGCUAUGAGACGACCAAGUUUGUGGAGAAGAACAAUGACGCGCUACACAUGUCCCUGGAGUGCCUGGUGAGUGAGUCUAAGGACCGGUUUAUCCGGGAGCUCUUUGAGAACUCCAACAACACCAAGGACUCCAAACAGAAGGCCGGCAAGCUCAGCUUCAUCAGCGUCGGCAACAAAUUCAAGACCCAGCUGAACAUUCUACUGGAGAAGCUUCGCAGCACGGGCUCCAGUUUCAUCCGCUGUAUCAAGCCCAAUCUGAAGAUGAUCAGCCACCAGUUUGAAGGGGCCCAGAUCCUCUCUCAGCUGCAAUGCUCAGGAAUGGUGUCAGUGCUGGACCUGAUGCAGGGAGGCUUCCCCUCCAGAGCUCCGUUCCAUGAGCUCUACAACAUGUACAAGCAAUAUAUGCCUGCCAAGCUGACCCGCCUGGACCCAAGGCUCUUCUGCAAGGCUUUAUUCAAAGCGCUGGGACUCAACGAGAACGACUACAAGUUUGGGCUGACCAGAGUGUUCUUCAGACCUGGGAAGUUUAAAGAGUUUGAUCAGAUCAUGAAGUCGGACCCGGACCACCUGGCAGAGCUGGUGAAGAAGGUCAACCAGUGGCUCAUCUGCAGCCGCUGGAAGAAGGUCCAGUGGUGUUCCCUCUCUGUCAUCAAACUGAGGAAUAAGAUGCUGUACCGCGCCAGUGCCUGCAUCAAGAUGCAGAAGACGGUGCGCAUGUGGCUGUGCAGGAGGAAGCACAAACCGCGGAUCGAUGGGCUGGUGAAGGUGCGUAACCUGAAGAACAGGAUGGAGAAGUUCAACGAGGUGAUCGCCGGCCUGAAGGAGGGGAAACAGGAGAUGAGCAAGCAGAUCCAGGGGCUGGACGCUGCCAUCAACACGACCAUGCUCAAGAUCAAGACCACAGCAAUGACCCGCAUUGACAUGGACCAUGAGUACCAGGCCCUCGUGACCAGGUCAGAGCAGCUGCUGACCGCCAUGCAGAACAAGAAGAAGGAGGAGGAGGAGAAGGAGCGACUGAAGAAGAUCCAGGAGGAGAUGGAGAGAGAGAAGAAGAGGAGGGAGGAGGAGGAGCAGCGCCGCAAGCAGGACAAAGAGGACAGGCGUCUGAAAGUGGAGAUGGAGCUGAAGCGGAAACAUGAAGAAGAGGAGCGGAAGCAGAGAGAGGAAGAGGAGAGGAAGCUUCAGGCGGUGAUGGAUGUUCAGCUGGAGGCUGAGCGGGAGGAGGCGGCGGCGCGUCAGAACAUCCUGGAGCAGGAGAGACGCGACAGGGAGCUGGCCAUGAGGAUCGCCCAGAGCGAGUCUGAACUCAUCCCAGAGGACAGCCAGAACGACGCAGGCCUGCGCAGUAACGGCACCUCAGGUGUUCCAUCAUCCCCAGAGAGAGCUACUGGAGCUGGUGGAUCUCAAAAGCUCAAGAGCAUGUCCAUGGAGGAAAUGGCCAAGGAAAUGUCUGAGCUUCUGUCUAGAGGCCCACAGGUUCAGGCUACCAAAGCUGCUGCUGCUGGCACCAAGAAGUACGAGCUCAGCAAGUGGAAAUACGCCGAGCUGAGGGACGCCAUCAACACAUCCUGUGACAUUGAGUUGCUGGCCGCCUGCCGAGAGGAGUUCCACCGCCGGCUGAAGGUCUACCAUGCCUGGAAGUCAAAGAACAAGAAGCGUGGCAACGACCCCGGCAACACUGAGCAGAGGGCCCCCAAAUCGGUCACCGACUAUGAUCUCGCACCUCAUGUGAGACGAGCACCCCAGGCGAACACAGCCCCGCCCAUUCCAGCCAGGCAGCAUGAGGUGGCCAUGAACAGGCAGCAGCGCUACUUCCGCAUCCCUUUCAUCCGGCCCGGGGACCAGUACAAGGACCCCCAGAACAAAAAGAAGGGCUGGUGGUAUGCCCACUUUGACGGGCCCUGGAUCGCCAGGCAGAUGGAGCUGCACCCGGACAAGCAGCCCAUCCUGCUGGUGGCAGGGAAAGACGACAUGGAGAUGUGUGAGCUGAGCCUGGAGGAGACAGGCCUGACGAGGAAGAGGGGAGCUGAGAUCCUGCCCCGGCAGUUUGAGGAGAUCUGGGAGCGCUGCGGGGGCAUCCAGUACCUCCGGAGAGCCAUCGAGAGCCGACAGGCCCGCCCCACCUACGCCACAGCCAUGCUGCAGAGCCUCCUCAAGUAAAGGGUGUAGGGUGAAUUUGCCCCUAGUCACUGAUCCUGGGUCAGUUUUGCAUUUUACCCACCUAAUGGUUAAGGUUAGGAUUGGGGAGGGGAAGCUGAUCCUAGAUCUGUACUCUGGGGGAAACUUCACCCUGGAGCUAAAGCCCCCUGUCUUAAACCACGGGCCUCUCUCUCACUACAGCAAAGGGAAGAUUGCACUAAGCUACUGUACCUAACACAGCGGGUAUUCAAGCAUACUGUACCAUGUUUUGACUGGGGGCACUCGAGUCAUAAGUUAACUGCUUUUUGUUAAUUGGCUUUUUUCUUUUGUUCAUGUUGUUGGUCUUGCCUGCUUUCGAUUGUCUUGUCGAUUUAUUAUUUCUCGUUGGGUGCGGGGGAAUUUGCAGUGAACCUAUGCAGAGGAAUCAGACAGUGAGUAAUUACUACAUCUAGUUUUGUUUCUCGAGAAAAUGUGGAUGUUUUCCUUUUAAUAUUCCUGCUACUUUAACUAUGAGGCCUUAUAAAAACUACUUUAACAGGGUAAUUUGCUGAAAGUAGGGAGUGUUUCAAAGCUGCCUCCAAAUAAGUUUUAAGAGUAUAAAAAACAUUUUGUCUCUGCGGUCUUAACAGCUUGUUGAUAGUUUCACUCAAACCGAUACUUGCUGUUUACUUUGUUUUCAUGUAGUUAUUACAGGACAAUACUUGCACAAAAUAGUUGUUGGAUCCAGGGUUUGAAAUGGCCCCCCCAGCAGGUUACCCCAGUGAAUUCUGGCUAUUUCCACCCCUGGUUGGACCUCUCUGUUUUCUCAUGUGAGGCAGAUAUACUUGAGCGUCAGGUUCUUCUCUAAGGAUAUUUUUUUGUAACUGCACAUAAGUUCACAUUAAUUUCUAAUUAUAAUAUUUGAUAAUACUGUAAUGAUAACUUUCUUUUUUUUUACCUCUGGCUUUCAGACCGAAUGUAAUUUGAGUUUGUUGAUUUGUUCCUUCAGUCCUUACUUUUUAUUUCUUUGUGUUUUAUUCUUCAUAUAUGUGUGAUUUAGGUGUGCUAAUGAGAGAAAGAAAGAAAUAUAUUUUCUUUUCACAUUACCCAACCAUUCAUUUCUAAAGCCACAUGGUUGAAAUUAAAAUGCAUUGUUUCAUGUUCUCCACACAAGGCUGGGAUAUUCCAAAUAUUGUCUUAAGAAACAAAAAGAAAAAUAAUGUAUUAAUCAAACUUAAUUAUGAUGUGAAGAAAAGUGAAUAAUACAAAUCUUGAGAUACUCUACGAUUUCAAAUAGCGUUCAAGUCAUACUGUCGGACCAAAUGUGUGUAUGGGAGAAAAAAGGAAUAGUGAAAUCGUGUUGAAUGAAGUUGGGUCAAGAAGACAUCAAGCUCAUACAUUACAGUAAGCUAUUCUUCCCUCUGCUAGAUACAGUACAUCAUCUCAUAUUUCAAUAGACACAUACAUACAGAAUGUUAUAUAAGUGUAUGAUACAAAGAGAGUGUAAUGUUUCUACACAGGAAUGUACACAUUUAUUUUAUAAAAUAAAUAUUUAUACUCUAAGAUAUUCUAAAGCAGGACUGGCAAACCCUGUUCCUGGAGAGCUACCGUCCUGUAGGUUUUUGCUCCAACCCUAAUCUAGCACACCUGAUUCUAAUAAUUGGCAGGUUGAUAAAAUGAAUCAGGUUAAUAACACCUGGAGUUGGAGCGAAAACCUACAGGAGGGUGGCGCUCCAGGAACAGGGUUGGGCAGUCCUGCUCUAAAGCAUGUGUCAA